GUAAUUGUGAGAUAUUUGAAGUCGUAGUCUGGUUGAUCCGUUGGUGAGGUGUAAAAGCACCAUGCAAUCUCUUGAAGGCCUCCGUUCCGGAGAGUAUCGCGGCACCAAGCGCCUCAAGAUCGCAUCUGGAAUUGCCACGUUCCCCCGGGAAAUCUUCAAGCUCUCCCGAUCGCUGGAAAUCUUAGAUCUCUCUGGCAAUUCUUCCCUUUCAGAACUCCCAUCUGAUUUCGGCCGCCUGCACAAUCUCAAGAUCGCCUUCUUCUCAGACUGCAGCUUCACCGCUUUCCCAAAGCAGCUGGCGGAAUGUCGUUCGCUCGAGAUGGUCGCCUUCAAGGGCAAUGGCAUGAAGACGAUUCCUGAGGGCUCGCUUCCUCCGAAUCUGAGAUGGUUGAUCUUGACGAAUAACCUCAUCGGUGAGCUACCUCGUAGCAUCGGGCAAUGCCACCGUCUUCAGAAGUGCAUGCUGGCUGGAAACCAACUCAAAAGCUUGCCUGAGGAGAUGGCUAAUUGCAAGAAACUUGGCUUGUUACGUCUAUCGGCAAACAAACUGGGAGAGCUACCAUUGUGGCUCUUUACUAUGCCGGAGUUGUCGUUCAUGGCGUUUGCUGGCAACCCUUGUCUUCAGACCGAGACUGUUAUUGACAACCCCGUGCUCAGCUUGGUUGCUUGGGAAGAACUGCAGAUCAAAGAGCUUCUUGGAGAAGGCGCAUCUGGCGUUAUUUCACGUGGCCUUUGGACCACAAACGCCGACAGCGAAUCGAAGCAGGUGGCCGUCAAGCUUUUCAAGGGCGAGGUCACAUCUGAUGGGUCGCCAAUUGAUGAAAUGGCAGCCUGUAUGGCGGCAGGCACGCACUCGAAUCUUAUCAGCACGAUUGGGAAGGUUCACGGCCAUCCCGAUGACCAGCGCGGGCUGGUGCUCGAGCUCAUCCCUCCCCACUUCGAGAACUUGGGGUUGCCUCCUUCGCUCCAGACAUGCACACGCGACAACUUCACACCUGGGAAGUACUUCACGAUUCAGAAGUGCAAGAACAUUCUAGUAUCGAUUGCCUCAGCAGCCGCACAUUUGCACAAGAGUGGUAUCACACAUGGCGACUUGUACGCGCAUAACAUCCUGAUUGACGAAGCUGGGCACGCGCUCCUCGGGGAUUUCGGUGCUGCCACGGUAUACAGCAAAACACAUGUGCACUCUGAAGCUAUUGAGAAGCUCGAGGUGUACGCAUUUGGCCACCUCAUAGAAGAUAUGCUCAGCCUGCUCGAUCCCGAGGUCUUCGGCGAGAAAGAGGCAUUCAUAGAGGAGGAACUGAACGAACUCCAUUACCGCUGCACGAGGCCGGUGGUGGAGGAAAGGCCAUUGUUCCAGGAGAUACUGGAGGAGUUGAACGGUUUAUAAACUGGAUUUUAGACUAGACAUAGAAGCUUGGAUAUAUUGGGAUUUGAUUGGGUUGGAAUUAUGUGGAACUUGUUUGGAAUCGGCACACGUAUAGAAAGAAGUAUUUGGACUACAUUGAUAGAUAAGAGAGCGUUUUGGUAGCAGUAGAGCGAACGGUACUGAUAGAGAAGACUAAGGGGAUU